AUGCAGCACUACCAGUCUUUCCCUGCAGACACUAUCUACGCCCCCGCCAUGGAUCCCCAUUAUCUGAACAACAACCCAAGCAACAACUACCCCCCUACCCCUGCGCAAAUGGGUCCCCGGUCCACGCCCCACCACACUCUCCCACAUACAUCCCACGCUCGGACUCAUUCAAGAUCAAAUUCGGGUGCCUUCCCUCCUCACAACCAGGGUCCUUUCCCUCCACAACAACCACCAUCACAGAUGCAACAGCAACAACCACAGCUUAUCGAUGCUCCCAUGGGCUACCAGGGGAACCAUCCUAACCAGGCACGACCCUACACACCUGGCCCACAGGGCAUGAACGGAUAUGGAUCCCCUCCACCACCUACCUACAACCCUGCAUCUCAGGACCCUCACCUCCACCAGCGUGCACCCCACCACCCUCAUCCUUAUCAUGCCCCUGCCCCUCCAAUGACACACUCCCGCAGUCAUUCCCGUUCCCAUUCUCGCUCGCAGUCGCACUCACAGCAGCAGUUUGCCUCUUACCCUUCUAUCCAAUCUCCUCCCCCACCACAACCAUCUCUUGCCCCUCGUCAUGGUUCUCCUGCUGCCCCAGUCUCGCACCCCCACUCUCGCUAUGGCCAGGAGGGAUACAUGGACUCUCAGAUCGACCCUGUCCGGUUCCCAAUGCAGGUUCCUCAGCCUCCAGCACCCCGCCACAUGAUGGAUGAGCAGAUGCACCCACAGCUGCAGCAGCAGCUUGACCGCGAGAUGAGCCAUGGCCCUAUGGUUCCUCAAGUCCAAGAGCCCCUUGCAAGAGCCACCCCUGCUCCCGCACCCGCUCCUAUCUCUACCCCCGUCCCCACAUCUGCAUCAGCACCCGUGGCAGCAGCAGUCGAAGAGGAGGCUUCUGAUGCAUCAAAGUGCCCCGACUGUGGUAAGGUCUACAAGCAUGCUGCUUCUCUCUUGAAGCAUCGUUGGGAGCAUUCCGUCUACUGGAAGCCCGCCGCAAAGUUCCUGUUGUCCAAGCACCAGCAGGUUCAAUUGAUGGAGGCAGCCGCCAUCCUUUUGGGUAUGGACGAGUCCCGCCAGAGCGACAAGGACCCCAUUGUCCGUAUGAUGAGCCGCCAGCGUGGUCAGUCUGCCGCUGGGACAGCCAUCUCAUCCCUCUCCCCCGCCACAUCCACAAAGUCCCUCUCGGCCUCUCCCCCACCCAUGGCCGAGCGAGCAUUGGCAUUGAAGCAGGAGACCGCCGGUAUGAUGAGCCCACCUGCCUUUGUCGGACGCGCCUCCAACACCACCCGCCACUCUGUUACAUCCACCACCUCGACAGCCUCGUCCCUGUCAUCGACCCCUCCAUCUUUGGCUCCUGAUGACAACGAGAGUGUGAUUGAGGCCGAGGAUGAUAUGAUGUCUAUGCCACCUUCUCUUCGCCAGCCUCACCAGCAACUCAUGCAGCAGCAUCACCACCAACAGCAACAACACCACCACCAUAUCCAGCAACAGCAGCCCCAUGGUCUCCCUCACCACCAGCACCACGGUCAACAGCAGCUUCAGCAGCACUCCCACCAACAGCCACCGAUGAUGAUGGACAUGGACUUGAGACAGAAGCAUUCGGAGCCUCAGUACUAUCAGCAUGAUUCCCGAUACCCCGCCUACCACCAGCAGCAACCCCCACAACAACAUGCCGAGCCCUACGCCCCCUACUACCACCACUAA